AAUAUAUAUUUACUUAACUAUUAAUUGUUACUUAAUAACAUUAUUUAACAAUAUGUUAUUUUGCAACUAAGCUUUUUUAAAUUUCCCGCUAAGAAAAUUUAAAAUUUUUUUAUCGUAAAUAAAAGUUGGCUUAGAGCAUAGAGAUCCACCAGCAGAAGCAGAAGCAUCAAGUUGACUAGUUUAUUGAGCUAACGUUAUUUCCGGAAUUUAUAGCGAUAAUUUAUAAUAAUGACAGCUAGGGAAGUUGUAAUUGUGUCUGCUGCUAGAACACCAAUUGGAUCAUUUUGUGGCAGCUUAUCAUCACUUAAAGCAUCUGAUUUGGGAAGUGUUGUGAUAAAAGAAAGUUUAUCAAGGGCUAAUUUAAAGCCUUGUGAUGUUUCGGAAGUUAUUUUUGGUCAAGCAUUGCCAGCAGGACAAGGUCAGAACCCUGCACGUCAAGCGGCUAUGAAAGCUGGUAUUCCAAUAGCUGUACCAGCAUAUUUAAUAAAUAUGCUUUGUGGCUCUGGUCUCAAAUCAGUAGCAAACGGAUACUUGGCUAUUAAAGCGGGUGAGUGUCAAGUUGUUGUUGCCGGAGGACAAGAAAGCAUGAGCCAGGCACCUCAUGUUAUUCAUUUGAGAAACGGUAUUAAAUUGGGUGAUGCUACGAUGAUUGAUACCAUGACAUUUGACGGCUUGACGGAUGCAUUCACUGGAAUACAUAUGGGAGUUACAGCUGAAAAUAUCGCUAAAAGAUUUACUAUAAGUCGCGAAGAGCAGGAUAAAUAUGCGGCCAAGUCUCAACAAAGAGCAGAAGCUGCAAUAGCAGCUGGAUAUUUUAAAAAAGAAAUUGUUGCUGUUGAAAUUAUGGAUAGAAAAAAAUCAAUUGUUAUUUCUGAAGAUGAGUAUCCUAAACCCGGAACUACUGCUGAUACUCUUGGAAAAUUACGCCCAGUAUUUGAUAAAUCAGAGGGAACAGUAACUGCUGGUAACGCAUCAGGAAUAAAUGACGGUGCUGCAGCAGUAGUGCUUAUGUCAGCAGAAGCUGCUAAAGCAAAAGGAAUUCCAUCGUUAGCACGAAUCGUCGCUAUCGCUCAGGCAGGCAUUGAACCAGAUGUCAUGGGACUUGGUCCUAUACCAGCUGUUGAACUAGUCUUGAAAAAAGCCAACUGGACAAAAGAGGAAGUUGAUUUAUAUGAAUUAAAUGAAGCGUUUGCUGUUCAAUCGAUUGCUUGUUUGAACGAGUUGGGAUUAGAUCCUGAAAAAGUUAAUAUUAAUGGCGGCGCUAUUGCUCUCGGACAUCCUCUUGGUGCUUCUGGAACAAGGAUUUUAGUAACGCUCUUGUAUUUACUAGAAAGAACUGGAGGUAAAAAAGGUGUCGCUUCACUGUGCAUAGGAGGUGGAAUGGGUAUUGCAAUAGCUCUCGAAAGAGAUUAAUAAGUAGGGACAAGAUUUUUGCCUUAUUUUUUAAAUGAGUAGUUCAAAUUUUUGAUAUUACGGGGAAAAUAUCGGUCUUAGUAAAAAAGUUUUCGAACAAAAGUUGUAGGAAAUUUAAUUUUAUUAAAAAAAUGUCUCUUAUGAUUUUCUUUUACGAUCAAUAUUUUCACAGUAAUUCAAAAAUUAAGAUUCAUAAUGAAUGAUUAAAAAUUUGGUAAAUUAUGAAAAUCUUAAUUUUGAAAUCACGGCUUUCUUAUUAGUCCUAAGAAAAAAUUAUGUGAGACAUUUUUUUUAGAAAAUUGAAUUUCCUAAAACUUUUGUUUGAAAAAUUUUUUCAUAAGACCAAUAUUUUCCCCGCAAUAUAAAAAAUUUCGCAACACUAAUUAUUAAUUAUUUUUAAAUUAACGCAAAAAUCCUGGCCCUACUAAUAAGUAUUUAAUAUUUAAAUAAUUGUAUUAAAAAAAAAAACAAAGAGUUUUUUUAACUUUGCUAAACCUUUAUUGUAUUACAAUUUAUCAGCAUUAAAUGCUGGCUGUUGAUUUUUGCUACGCUCCGAGUAUUUUAUCUUUUAAAUUAUAAUAUAUAUACACAUCAUUGGAGGCCUUAAUGUAAUUAAACUCACUAGUUAAUUAGCACUACGUGUAUUUAAAAAACUCAAAAAAUUUCAAUGACAUAUUUAUAACAAUACAGUAUUUUAUAUAAAAAUUAUUACCGUUGCGUAUUUUUAUAAAAAAAAAAAAGUUAAUAAAUAUUAAAAAUAUUAAAUCGUUAA